AUGAUCUCGUCCGUCCUCUUCCCUCGCCGUUUCCGCGGCGAGCAGCCCCAGGCGCAACCGGCCGCGCCCUCUUGGAUCAGCAAAAAGUCCACGCCCAUCCUGCAAUUCUUCUCCUCCCUCGCCUGCUCCCACCCCAUCCACACCGUUGUCAUCGUUGCUGUUCUGGCGAGCUCCUCGUACGUGGGGCUCCUCCAGGAGAGCCUCUUCGAUGCCGCCACCUCGGUGCGCAAGGCCGACUGGUCCUCCCUGACCGAAGGCAGCCGUCGCCUGCAGGUUAGCCCCGAGACCAACUGGAAGUGGCAGAACGUCGACCAGGAUGUCGUGCCCGCCAGCCAUGUCGAGCACCUCGCCCUCCUGACGCUGGUCUUCCCUGAAUCGCACUCGGCCGAAAGUGCAAACACCGCGCCGAGGGCCCACGCCGUCCCCUUCCCGCAGAACCUCUCCGUCACCCCGCUGCCCCAGACUUCCAACUCCCUGACCGCCUAUUCUCAGGACAGCGCCCUGGCCUUCUCUCUGCCCUACGACCAAGCGCCCGAGUUCCUCGCCUCCGUCCAGGAGAUCCCUGACGAUGCCAACAACGAGUCGCGCGAGACGCAGCACGGCCACGAGUCCAAGAUGUGGAUCAUGAAGGCGGCCAGGGUCAACACCAAAAACAGCUACAUCCGCUGGGUCACCAACGGCUGGACCGAGUUCCUCGACCUGCUCAAGAACGCCGAGACUCUCGACAUUGUCAUCAUGGUGCUUGGGUACCUGUCCAUGCAUCUGACCUUUGUGUCGCUGUUCCUCUCCAUGCGCCGGAUGGGUUCCAACUUUUGGCUCUUUACCAACGUUCUCUUCUCGUCCGUCUUCGCCUUCCUCUUCGGCCUCAUCGUGACGACCAAGCUCGGGGUGCCCAUCUCCAUGGUCUUGCUGUCCGAGGGUCUGCCCUUCCUGGUCGUCACCAUUGGCUUCGAGAAGAACAUUGUCCUGACCCGUGCCGUCCUGUCCCACGCCAUUGAGCACCGCCGUCCCCAGGAUAAGGACGACAAGAAGUCCAAGAAGAAGGCUUGGGAGGUCUCGUCGUCCAACGUCAUCCAGUACGCUGUGCAGGCCGCCAUCAAGGAAAACGGCUACGAGAUUGUUCGCGACUACGCUGUCGAGAUUGGUGUCCUCAUCCUUGGCGCGGCCUCUGGUGUCCAGGGGGGUCUCCAGCAGUUCUGCUUCCUCGCCGCAUGGAUCCUGUUCUUCGACUGCAUCCUGCUCUUCUCCUUCUACACCGCCAUUCUCAGCAUCAAGCUCGAGAUUAACCGCAUCAAGCGCCACGUGCAGAUGCGCCGGGCUCUCGAGGACGACGGCGUCAGCCGCCGCGUGGCCGAGAAUGUUGCCAGCGGCAACGACUGGCCCGGCAGUGACGACAAGGCCGCCAAGGACACCUCGCUGUUCGGCAAGCAGAUGAAGGGCAGCAACGUUCCCAAGUUCAAGGCCCUCAUGGUGACUGGCUUCGUGCUGAUCAACAUAUGUAGAUAUCCCAUCUACCCUGCUUCCACCGAAGACGAGUCUGACGCGUUGGCCAUGAGGCAGAUCAAGUCUUCCGAGCCCUCGAGCCCUGGCGAGAAGCGCAGCUUCCCCGAACUGGACAAGAUGCUGGCUGAGAAGCGCGCCCCCGAGAUGACGGACGACGAGAUUGUCGCCAUGUCGAUGCGCGGCAAGAUUCCCGGUUAUGCCCUCGAGCGCACCCUCAAAGACUUUACCAGGGCCGUCAAGAUUCGCCGUUCCAUCAUCUCCCAGACCAAGGCCACCUCUGACAUCACCAACGUCCUCGAGCGCUCCAAGCUCCCCUACGAGCACUACAACUGGGAGCGCGUCUUUGGCGCCUGCUGCGAGAACGUCAUCGGAUACAUGCCUCUUCCCGUCGGUGUUGCCGGCCCUCUUGUUAUCGAUGGUGUCAGCUACUUCAUCCCCAUGGCCACCACUGAGGGUGUUCUCGUCGCCAGUACCAGCCGAGGCUGCAAGGCCAUCAACUCUGGUGGCGGUGCCGUUACUGUUCUGACUGGUGACGGCAUGACCCGUGGACCCUGCGUCAGUUUCGAGACGCUCGAGCGUGCCGGAGCCGCCAAGAUCUGGCUCGACUCCGAAGCCGGCCACGGCGUGAUGAAGAAGGCUUUCAACUCGACGAGUAACUUUGCCCGCCUGCAGUCCAUGAAGACAGCCAUUGCCGGGACCAAGCUGUACAUCCGCUUCAAGACCACCACUGGUGACGCCAUGGGCAUGAACAUGAUUUCAAAGGGUGUCGAGCACGCGCUUGAUGUCAUGAUGAGCGAGGGCUUCGAGGACAUGAACAUUGUAUCCGUCUCCGGUAACUUCUGCAUUGACAAGAAGCCUGCCGCCAUUAACUGGAUUGACGGACGUGGCAAGAGCGUUGUGGCCGAGGCCAUUAUCCCCGCCGAUGUCGUUCGCGACGUUCUCAAGUCUGACGUUGACACGCUGGUUGAACUCAACAUCUCAAAGAACCUCAUCGGAUCUGCCAUGGCUGCCUCGGUGGGAGGUUUCAACGCUCACGCCGCCAACAUUGUUGCCGCUAUUUUCCUCGCCACAGGACAGGACCCCGCGCAGGUUGUCGAGAGCGCCAACUGCAUCACCAUUAUGCAAAACCUCCGCGGCUCUCUCCAAAUCUCCGUCUCCAUGCCGUCCAUUGAAGUCGGCACCCUCGGUGGCGGCACCAUCCUCGAGCCCCAGUCCGCCAUGCUCGACAUGCUCGGCGUUCGCGGACCCCACCCCACCACCCCCGGUGAAAAUGCCCGCCGCCUCGCUCGCAUCGUUGCCGCAGCCACCCUGGCCGGCGAGCUGUCCCUUUGCAGCGCUCUCGCGGCUGGCCACCUUGUCAAGGCCCACAUGCAGCACAACCGCUCCGCGCCACCGACGAGGAGCACGACGCCCGCCCCGGCGAGCGGCACGAUGACACCCGUCGGUCUGGCCAUGACGAGCGCUGUUGAGAAGGCUGCUUCCUCAUCAAAGCUGAGCGCCGCCGCUACGGAACGCGCGCGCCGAUAG